GCUGAAACUGCCCAGCAGGUUCGCACGCUCAUCCACAGGAUUGCCUCCGGUCCUGAGGUACAUUACCUUACCUUAGCCAGGAAAGUACGGGCGGACUUCCAUCGCAGUGCCCCUCUUUCCUUCCUUCCCUCAUCUCUCAUGGGUGCUCCUUUCCGUUGUUGGCUUCGUUCUUGCCGUUCUCAAACAACCAAAUUCAUGCGGGCAGUGCCGGUGACACUGCCAGCUCCAUUACACCAACGCACGACAUUCGCACUUCCAUUUCUUCAGCCACGUCGCGACGCUGUGGUUUGCAAUCGGGUGCCGUCAGAUUCAAGCCCUCGUCUUGGUCAAUUCCCUUCGAGGCUCGCGGCAUUGGGCAACCCUGCGCAGGUACCAGCGUCGCAGCAUCACCUGUGCACCACCUAUCGACCAUCCCAAGUCUGGAUCACAACACUUGCACACCCACCGCGCAAUGAGCUCCCAAGAUAACGCGCCAGAGCAAACGAGUGCUGCAGAGCCGCAGCUCUUCCCCAUGCUCCCCUUUCGAUUGCGCGAUCGCGAGAUUCCUGGCCAAUUCGCGAAAGCGCAUACCCCAGCAUCCGCCAGCCCUAAGCUCCGAGAACCGCGGAUCAAGCAGUCUCCUAGGUCGCUCGUGCUUGGUAGAGAGAGUACCCACGUUCGAUCACCAACAGAGUCAUCCAUGAGCACGUUGAGCAGCGCGCCGGACUCCGCCACCACGUGUUCCAUGUCAGUGCUAGGAAGUCCUUCGAGCUUGGGUUAUGCGAGCGAUUUCCACGACUACCAGGACAUUAUAGCUGGCUCGCGACCUGCUAGUCGCGUCCUACAUCGGCACAAGCCAUCGGAUGGGACAUGCUCCACAUUCGUCAAUGACGAUGAAGAUGAUCCCUAUUUUGGUGCGAUGCUGUACUGCUCUGGGAAAGUCCCUGUCGCCCCUGUUGAAGCUACCCCAGAACGCAACACCGUUCAUCAGAGCAGACCCGACAGCCCCUCUGCCAUAUUAGUCUCGCCAAGUGUGCAGGACGCGAGUGAGGCCCAUCUCACCUUCUACGAAGAAUCUCUCCCAUCUAGAUCCCCUGAACCAGCGUCGACACCACUAGCGGAGAAGGCUGAGAAAUGGGAGUCUGAAUCUACAGCCUCAGUUGAGUGCUCCGCAGACGACGCCGAUACCAUUCUAGACUACACUCUCCAGAUGGCAUACGGUGUUGACCUAGAGGCGUCAUCCUUGGACGUUCCCAGAGCGCGGCAAAUCGCACGGAACUUUGUCCGCCAACUUGGCCAAACGAUGUACCAGUCUGGCUUAAACGGCCCAGACCAGAACGGCAUGGACUUCUCGAACAGCAACUCGUCCACACCGGGCAAUAGUGGCGGGUCACAUCGAGACGGCAAAAGGAAAAAGCAGCCUGGCGGUGGCAAACGGGAUGACGGGACGGAUGACCUCAGUGAAGGCGAAGGCUAUGGGUUAUUGCCGGUCAAAAAGCCAAAGCCCAACCCUCCGGAGGAGGAACCUCUACGCCUGAGCUGUCCGUUUAGGAAGCGCAACCCCAACCGGUUCAACGUCAGAGACCAUCACUCCUGCGCCAUGACAUACUUCCCCAAGUUCGCCGAGUUGAGGCAACACAUUGUCAAGCAGCACAAGCGAGAUGAACAGUCUGCCUUUGUCUGCGACCGUUGCAACCGUGAUUUCGCGGCGCGUAAGGAGCUUCGUGAUCAUCAACGUCUGCCACGCGAACAGAUCUGCGAGAUAUCUGAUCAUGACCCGGAAUCCGGCAUCGAUGGACCAACUUCUGUCAAGCUAUUGAGUCGGAAGCGAGCCAGCGGAACAUCGCCUGAAAUCCAAUGGCGCGAAGUCUGGAAUAUCUUGUUCCCUGACGACGACGAUAGCAGAGUGCCCACCUACCAAUUCACCCCUGUCAUUGAACACGUUGAGAUUUCAGAUGCUUAUCAAAACGCGUUCUCGCACCUUCUCCAGUCGCUCAGCGGCAUGUUUGCCAACCCGGCGACCUUGGACACCCUCGCCACCAAGUUCCACCAAUGCUUCCUCGAGACGGUCCAGCGGUGCGAGACCGAGGCUCAAAGUAUGCCAUACGCCAACCGCAGCAACAAACGUGGCGAGCAACUUGCUACAGCAGCUUCGACCGGCAUGCAAUUGCGCAAGCCAACGGACAUAGCCUCAAAGCGAGACUCCGGCGUUAGCAUGAAUGACGAGGGUUCUGAUGAAAGUGGCAGCGUCUUAGAUCUCAGUUACAAGAACAGCGUACGGACAGUUCAGAGCUCUGUGAGGAACAGCCACCCACCGUCGGCAUCGAAUAGAGAAUUGGCCCCCGCAAGACCCCCAUCGGCAAUUUAUGACCCCAUGCCGUUUCCUAUUCCAUUAUCUGCUUCAGCGACUCCGCUGCCGGGAGCCCCGAGUUUGCUUGGAGCGACGGAUAUGCAGGCGUGGACACAGGACGUCAUGAUGCCAUUUCCACAAGCCACUCAUGGCUUUGGUAUUGGCCCGGCCGAUAUGCAUGUGCCUCAUGGCAUGAGUGACACGAGUUGGCAACACUCGUUUUACGAUCCCAGUGAGGAUACGGAUGGCAUGCGUAACGAUCUCUCGGGGUUCAUGUAAAUGCAACUGAAGUGCUGCUGAUGGACCUACUCUGGUUCGUGCAGCUUGGUCCAGGUUGGCGCAAGGAACAUGGGUGUAAUUGGUAUUUGACAUAGAUCUAGAG